AUGGAGAAAGCCUUCACAUUUUUUCUCUUAACACUCUUCUUGCUUAUGGCAAGAUUCCCCGUGAAUUUUGGGAAUCUCUCAUUUCUUGUUUCUCUCGACUUGCGAAGCAACAAUUUCCAUGGAAAUUUGCCUCAAGAAAUGGCACGCUUGCAUUGGCUUAAGUUUCUUGAUUUAAGUUUCAACAACUUCAUAGGGGAUGUUCCCUCUUGGUUUAGGUUUUUACACCAACUUCAAGUUCUAAAAAUUGGACAUAAUAGUUUCACUGGUUCCAUUCCUUCUUCAUUUUCUAAUAUUUCCAAACUUGAGACUUUGAAUAUGGGAUACAAUUCCAUAGAGGGACAAAUACCAAAAUUGAUUGGAAGUCUUAUAAACCUAAGAGAAUUAAACAUGAGGGGUAACAAGCUCAUAGGUUCUAUUCCUCUGUCACUCUCAAAUGCCUCAAGGUUGGAGACUUUAGAUAUAUCUUAUAAUUCACUUCAAGGAAACAUCCCAGAAGGGAUCGGCAAUCUUCAUAACAUGAACUGGUUGUCCCUACAAUAUAAUCAACUUUCGGGACCAUUUACAAUUUCCAAUAUUUCUAGGGUCGAAUUCAUUGAAUUUACUGGCAAUAGCUUAUCAGGAAGUCUUCCCAAUGGUUUAUGCAAUGGUCUCCCAAUACUCAAAGGGCUUUAUUUAUCCACAAACAAGCUUCACGGUCAUAUGCCUACAAGCUUGUCAAAUUGCUCACAACUUCAACUAUUGGAUUUAUCAGAAAAUGAGUUUGAUGGACCAAUACAUAGUGAAAUAGGAAGACUGAGUAACUUGCAGACAUUGUAUCUCGGAACUAACCAUUUCACUGGGAUAAUUCCACAAGAAAUUGGAAAUCUUGUUAAUUUGGCAGAGUUAGCCAUGGAGAAAAACCAGAUUACCGGCUCUGUCCCGAUCUCCAUAUUCAAUAUCUCAUCGCUGCAAAUUUUGUCAGCGUGGCAGAACAAUCUUAGUGGAUUCUUACCACGGGAGAUUGGCAACUUAACCGACAUGCAACAUCUACAGAUUAGUGGAAAUAAGCUUAUAGGUGAAAUACCCAAAGAGAUAAGCAAUCUCGUUGAGUUGGAGGAACUUGAUCUUGGGUUUAAUAGUCUAUCAGGAAGCCUCUCACCAAACAUGUGUUCUAUCUUAUCCAACAUUGAAGAGCUUUAUCUGGGAAACUUAACCAAUCUUGUUGGGACUAUUCCUCAUUCCAUCUCCAAUUGUUCAAAACUUACUAAACUAGACCUUUCAGGCAACAAACUCACUGGAUUGAUUCCUUGUUCUCUUGGAUAUUUGACUCAUUUAUGCAUUCUUCCAGUUUCUGUAGGGAACUUUUCCACAUCUCUUAUAAAAUUUUACGCCAACAAUUGCAAGAUCAAAGGGAUAAUUCCAAAUGAUUUUGGGAACUUAAGCAGCUUAUUAGACCUUGAUCUUUCUGAAAACAGCUUGGUUUUAUCGAUUCCCAAAACAAUUGGCAACUUGAGAAACCUUCAGCGCUUCAACUUGCCAUUUGGGUGA